AUGAACAUGGCGGCUUUGGCCAACAACGCGGCAGGCAUCCGCCUUCUCUGUGAGGCAAGGUGCAACCCCCAUGCGAGGGACAUCCUGGGAUACCAUCCCAUUGAGACCUGCUGUGGACAUGCCUCCCUGGACGCCCUGGAGGAGCUGCUGCUGCAAGGACAGCUCAUGCCCGCACAUGGCGGACGGCCCGUGAACUUUUCUCAAGCUCUCUCAGCGGCUAUGGGUGGUCGCGGAGGUCGAGCGGAUUUAGUUGCACGCUUGCUGGAGCUUAAAGCGGAUGUCAACGAGCCCUGGAACGUGUAUGAGAAGUCCAGGCUUUGGCGCCUCUGGGUUGGCAUGAAGACCCUUCAGCACAAGUAUGGUAAGGUCACCAAGACCACGCGGGUGUGCUACCACUGUCCGGGCGCGACACCUCUCAUGACGGCUCUGAUUGGGGGGCAGUUCGAGGGAGCGGCCGCCUUGAUUGCUGCGGGUGCGCGGCUCGAUCUCCGCAACUGCCGCAACCGGACCGCGGCGGAUGUUGCGAAGGAGCAGUCGGUGCCGUACUUUGUGCGGGAUGCUCUGGAAGGGCGGCGGGCAGAAUGUGCCAGAAUAACGGCAGCCGCAGUGGCCGAUGUCACCGGCCUGAUUGCAGAAGAUUUUUGA